AUGUCCACAUUUGAACAAAUAAACGAAAAUUUAUCAGCUCAAGUUUGUGAGUUAGAAGCACUGUUAUCUGUUUACCCAAAAGAAUUAAUAAUCUCCGAUCAUGGAGUUUUAGCUGAUAUUAAUGAAUAUAUUAAAAACUUUACUCAAAAACUGCCUCGGAAAUUGGAAUACUCAGUUGAGCUUUCACUAAAUGGUGGAUCAAUAGAAUUAUUAAUUAGUUUACCAUCUAGUUACCCCAAAGAAAAGCCAGAGAUUUAUGCAAGGAGCUCAUUUUUAAAUCGAACUCAACAAUUGCUUUUAAAUCAAGCAUUGAAUAAUAUACUUGUACAUCAAGAGCAAAAUGAACCUUGCAUUUAUACAUUAAUAAUAUGGCUGCAGGAUAACGGUGAAGAUUACCUUGUAGCAUCCAAUAGAAUUCAAGAUAGAAAACUCAAUAAUAGAAACAAAAACAAAGAUCAAGGAAAACCUACAAAUUUUUCUAGAUAUUGGAUUUACAGUCAUCAUAUAUAUAGUAAAAUUAAAAGAAAAAAAAUAAUUGAUUUAGCAGAAGAAAAUUCUAUUACAGGUUUUUGUUUGAUAGGAAAGCCUGGAAUUAUUUGCAUGGAAGGUGCCUUUGAAGACUGUGAUUAUUGUUGGUUAAAAAUCAAAUCUAUGAACUGGCAAAAAAUACUAUUACGAUUGAUAGAAAAUGAAGAUUGUGAAAACAUUGAUGUUAUGCAUAAAUUUAAAGAUUUUCAAGAGAUAUCAUUUUCUACUUUAAGUUGUCAUAAUGAUAUGGGUCAAGUACUUAAAUAUUUAGAAGAACAUACAUCACAACAUGCAUUUAAAGAAUUAUUUGGGAUUAAAGGUAAACUUGUUGAACUGCCAGAUUGA